CCAGCCAUCUAUCGCCUCCCCAUCCCAUCGUGCAUCUUCCUUCGUCCAAGCGGUACGGAAGGGAAGCAGCCGACGUCUCCGUCGCCGUCGUCUCGUUCGUCCCCAAAUCUUCACCGAGCUUCCGCUCCCCGCAGCAACGCGGAGGAAGGAAUGGACAAGUAUCACAGCAACACCCGCUUUGCACCCCUGAGAGACGCUCCAUUUGCUCUCCGUGGUGCCUUUGGUACCUCCAACUCGUCUUUCAACAACAUGGAUGGCCUUAGACACUCCUCAAGCAUUGGGCAAGCAAGGAGCUACACAUCUUCUCCCUUAGGAGCUCUGCGACAGAAGAUUCCUCCAUCUGGAAACCGAUCCCUACAUACAAGUCGUCCCCUGUCUGCUCCUGUUGCGAACCGCCCACUGUCUCCCCAUCUUCCUCUGAAGAAGCCACAGCUGAGCGCUACGUUCUCCAUCUCACACCGUAUAUUUGGCGUCGCUCUGGGUGCUGCCAUCAUAUCCAUUCCUCUUGCUACCAGGUUCAGCGUCAUGUUUGAGGUCUGAGUGAAAUGCAGCGUGCAUCGAUGAGGGGUAACAUUGCUGUGACUGUUUCGUCGUUGGGCAGAAUGCAACUGUAGGUACAGUUGUCAUAAAGUCUUAUCAAUCUUGCAGAUUUUAUGAAUAAUAAGGGAAACUAUCCUAAACAUCAGUGUAACGAAAACAUAAUUUUGGGAUCCGAACCAGAUCUUGUGCUUUGGUUUCAGUGUUUUCGUUGCUCUUGCAAAAGGGGCAUUAGUGUUUGAUAGUUUUUGCCUGCUGAACUGA